AUGCUGCAAACCAUCCAAGAGAGUAAUCUUGUAAGGCGGCGUACUAGUAAACUUAGCGCAAUUGCAAAAUUUCCAUUAUCCACAGAUGAGUUGGGAGAGCUGCAUGAUCCAAAGUCAUUAGCCGCUUAUAGGAAACUAUUUGGUGAUGAUGAAGAGCAUUUUUAUUCUAAGUUAAGAACAAGUAAGACAGCAGGUAUUACAAUUAAUCAAGAUGAUAUUAAGAGCACAGACAGGUAUAUUGCUUAUGGCGGUAAUCGUAUUCCAGAGAGGGAAACUAAAAGCUUUUUACAAAUCGCUUGGAUCGCCUUUAAUGACCGAACGAUGAUAUUACUUACAAUUGCAGCUAUUGUAUCUUUUGUUUUAGGUUUAUAUGAAACCCUUGGACAGCCUCCAGAAUAUGAUGCCGAGGGCAAUAAGAUACCCAAAGUUGAUUGGGUUGAAGGUGUUGCGAUCAUGGUAGCGGUCCUGGUAGUUGUUUUCGUGGGAGCUAUAAAUGACUAUCAGAAAGAGAGACAGUUUGCAAAACUAAAUAGGAAAAAGGAAAAUCGUGAAAUUUUUAUUAUAAGGAAUGGAGCUGAGCAUGUAGUUUCCAUCCAUGACUUACUAGUUGGUGAUCUUAUAAAUUUACAGACUGGUGAUGUUGUGCCAGCUGAUAGUGUUCUAGUAAAGGGUACAUGUGAAUGUGACGAAUCAGCUCUGACUGGUGAAUCAGAUACGAUCAAGAAGGUAUCGUUGUCGGUUUCUUUAGAUAAAUAUAAGGAAUUAGAAAAACGUUUUCCAUCCAUUGAUAUUGGAACUCCUGGACUGGAUGAGAAGGUUCCUGAUCCAAUGCUCAUUUCAGGCUCAAAGUUACUAUCUGGUCUAGGUCAAGCAAUUGUGGUGAGUGUUGGUGUGAACUCAGUUAAUGGGAAAACCAGAAUGGCUCUUAAGGCAACACCAGAAUUAACCCCAUUACAGGAAAGGUUAAAUAGGCUUGCCGACAGCAUAUCUAUAUAUGGUUCUGUGAUUGGUUUGCUACUAUUUAUUGUAUUAUUUGCACGCUUCCUAUCAUAUCUGCCACGAGGAAGGAGGUAUUAUCCUUUAACUGCCGCACAAAAGGGGUCGAGAUUUAUGGAUGUAUUUAUUAUUGCAGUUACUGUUAUCGUUGUUGCUGUCCCAGAAGGAUUGCCGUUAGCAGUUACUCUGGCUUUAGCUUUUGCAACUACAAGAAUGACUAAGGAUGGAAAUUUAGUGAGGGUUCUACGAGCUUGUGAAACCAUGGGUUCCGCUACCGCAAUAUGUUCUGAUAAAACUGGAACGUUAACACAGAACAAAAUGACAGUCGUAUCGGGAAAACUAGCAGGAUGUGAUUUUCAGGAUACCGUGAAUUCUAGUACAACUUACCAACCAUCUGCCACUGUUGUUCAGAAAUUGUCACCACAUGUGAAAACGGAUAUCUUAGCUAAUAUUUCAUUAAAUUCAACUGCUUUUGAAAAUAAGGAGGAGAAUAAACCGAAGAGGAGAGAGACUUCAUCGCAUAUUCCGAAAAAGCUUGCCUUCCCAUGGUGUAAGAAACAAAGUAAUACUCACGAAAAAGAUGAGGAAAAGAAUCAAGUAAACCAGCCUAGUGAACGCUUUAUUGGAUCUAAGACAGAGACAGCAUUGUUAGGGUUGGCACUGAAUUCUUUUGGUAUGGAAGAUUUGAAAUACCUUCGUAGUAAUCCUGCGGCAUUGGGUAUAGCAACUAUUGUUCAAGUCAUUCCUUUUGAAAGUUCUAUUAAAUGGGGUGGAAUGGUAGCAAAAUUAGAGGAUGGGACUUUUAGGUUUUAUGUCAAAGGUGCGGCGGAAAUUAUUCUUAAAAGGUGUAGUCAACAGGUGCAGUCGGAUGGAAGUACAGUUUUUAUAUCUGAAGAGCUAUAUGAGAGUGCGAGUGAAAAGUUAAGGUCAAUGACUGCACUAGAAUUGCGUACUAUAUCGCUAGCGCAUAAGGAUUUUAAGGGAGUUUCAUCAUGGCCCCCAAUCGGCCUUGAGGACCCCUCCAACCCUAAAAUCGCUUGCCCUGAUUUACUUAUUGAUGAGGAACUGCAUCCUAUUGCAAGCGGUGAAAAGGCGGAUAUUGAUGUCACACAGAAGGGCCUUAUAUUAGAUGCGAUAUUAGGUAUUCAUGAUCCAUUACGCGUGGGUGUUGAAGAUUCUGUAAGAAAAUGCAGGCGAUCUGGCGUCACGGUUAGGAUGGUUACAGGAGAUAACGUUCUUACAGCCAAAGCAAUUGCUAAAAAUUGUAGUAUUUUAUCUGAAGAAGAGUAUGAUGACCCUGCAUGUGCUAUGGAAGGUCCGGCAUUCCGUAAAUUGUCUAGAAUGCAAAGAAGGCAAAUAAUUCCAAAAUUAAGGGUUUUAGCUAGGUCUUCUCCUGAGGAUAAGAGAGUAUUAGUCGAAUCUUUAAAGCAAAUGGGCGAGGUUGUUGCUGUUACAGGUGAUGGGACUAACGAUGCACCUGCUUUGACUUUGGCAGAUGUUGGAUUUUCUAUGGGUAUCGCUGGUACAGAAGUGGCUAGAGAGGCAUCAGAUAUUAUUUUAAUGACAGACGACUUUACGGCCAUUUUAAAUGCAAUUAAAUGGGGUAGGUGUGUUAGUACGUCGAUAAAGAAGUUUAUACAAUUCCAAUUGACUGUUAAUAUCACAGCUGUCGUAUUAACGGUGGUAUCUUCUCUUGCAUCAGCUGAAGGGGGUUCCGUAUUGACUGCAGUUCAAUUGUUAUGGGUGAAUCUUAUUAUGGACACCUUAGCAGCGUUGGCCCUUGCAACUGAUAAACCUGAUGAAGGUAUUUUAGAUAGGAAACCUAAGGGCAGGAGUACACCAUUAAUAUCAGUUUCAACCUGGAAAAUGAUUUUGGGUCAAGCGAUCUUUCAACUUGUGAUAACUUUUAUUCUUCAUUUUGCAGGGCGACGUAUUUUCUUCCCAGGAAGAGAUACUAUUACGGGACAUGAUAGAGCUCAACUGGAUGCAAUGGUUUUCAAUACCUUUGUAUGGUUGCAGUUUUUUAAAUUGUUUGUGUGCAGAAAAUUGGAUGAGGCAGAUGGCAUAACCAAUUGGAGAGACAGAAUUACCUGUAAUAACCUAAAUUUCUUUCAAAAUAUAACUAGAAAUGGUUACUUCCUAGUUAUUGUGGUAGUUAUUGCACUCUUUCAAGUGUUAAUUAUGUUUAUUGGUGGUGCAGCCUUCUCUGUUGUUAGACAAACAGGUCCAAUGUGGGCAACGGCUUUAAUUUGUGGACUUUUGUCUAUACCAGUGGGCAUGUUAAUAAGGAUCUGUCCAGAUUCAUGGGCCGUUGCAAUUUUCCCUGCCAAGUUAUUCAAGGCUCUCAAGUAUACAUUCGGUCUAGGAUUUUUGAGGAAUUCAAAGAAAGCCGAUCACGAAACACUAUUACAGGAAGAUGAACCUAACCAGUAUUUACUAUUUGGCUCCUCUGCGUUUGAACGUGCUAAAUCACACGUUUUGGUUCAUAAGGAGCAUAUUAAGAAUAGCGAAAGAUGGUCGUUUAAUCCAGUUAAAAUCUUCCGUAGAUGGAGGUCUGCAGAUUAUGAUUCGUGGUCUUCAGAUGAUGACAACUCUAUUAUCGGAUCUUUAACUAUGGUUCCCACUCUAGUUGGCGGAGCUGUCGGUGGUUUUUCUCAAAUGUCCUCAACCAGAAUAGUGGAAGGGCGGCAGUAUGAGAUGUCACCAACAGGUGCAAUCCCUGAAUAUAAUAGAAAAGCAUGA